AAGCUAGCGUAUAGGUGAAGAGGCGGCGGGAAGAGGGAAAGACGUACAGUACGGUUAGCAACGGCUCAUUUCUAGGAGGGCAGAAACGACUGAGGGAAGGAGCCGUGUCCAGCUCUGGAGUUAGAGGAUUCGGACUUUAACCCACGCUCACUAUGCCGCGAGAGAUCAUCACUCUGCAGCUGGGGCAGUGUGGCAACCAAAUUGGGUUUGAAUUUUGGAAACAGCUCUGUGCAGAACAUGGUAUUAGCCCUGAGGGUAUUGUAGAGGAGUUUGCCACUGAAGGCACUGACCGCAAGGAUGUCUUUUUCUAUCAGGCAGAUGAUGAGCACUAUAUCCCACGAGCUGUUCUUUUGGACCUGGAGCCGCGAGUGAUUCAUUCCAUUCUGAAUUCCCCAUAUGCCAACCUCUACAACCCUGAGAACAUAUACCUCUCUGAGCAUGGUGGUGGGGCUGGAAAUAAUUGGGCUAGUGGCUUUUCACAGGGAGAAAAGAUCCAUGAAGAUAUUUUUGACAUUAUAGACAGAGAAGCUGAUGGCAGUGACAGUUUAGAGGGUUUUGUGCUGUGUCAUUCCAUCGCUGGUGGGACUGGCUCUGGCUUGGGCUCUUACCUUCUGGAGAGGUUAAAUGACAGGUACCCCAAGAAGCUGGUGCAGACAUACUCCGUCUUCCCCAACCAGGAUGAGAUGAGUGAUGUAGUGGUGCAGCCUUAUAACUCUCUCUUGACACUCAAACGGCUGACACAGAAUGCUGAUUGUGUGGUGGUUCUAGACAAUACAGCUCUGAAUCGUAUUGCUACUGACAGGUUGCACAUCCAAAAUCCCACCUUUUCCCAAAUCAAUCAGCUGGUCUCUACUAUAAUGUCUGCCAGUACUACCACGCUGCGCUACCCUGGUUAUAUGAACAAUGAUUUGAUUGGGCUGAUUGCCUCCCUCAUUCCCACUCCUAGGUUGCACUUUCUCAUCACAGGAUAUACACCUCUCACCACUGACCAGGCUGUGGCCAGCGUGAGGAAAACCACUGUCCUUGAUGUCAUGCGUCGGCUACUGCAGCCUAAAAAUGUGAUGGUAUCCAUGGGGCGUGACAGGCAGACAAACCAUUGCUACAUUGCCAUCCUUAACAUCAUCCAGGGGGAAGUGGAUCCAACCCAGGUCCAUAAGAGUUUACAGCGGAUCCGGGAGAGGAAACUGGCCAACUUCAUCCCUUGGGGCCCUGCCAGCAUCCAAGUGGCACUUUCUAGGAAAUCUCCAUACUUACCAUCAGCUCACAGGGUCAGUGGUCUCAUGAUGGCUAAUCACACCAACAUUUCCUCGCUCUUUGAACGUACCUGCCAUCAAUAUGAUAAACUGCGCAAACGUGAAGCCUUCCUGGAACAGUUCCGAAAAGAAGACAUGUUCAAAGAGAACUUUGAUGAACUUGAUGACUCCCGAAAGAUUGUCCAGGAGCUGAUCGAUGAAUACCAUGCUGCCACUCGGCCUGACUAUAUCUCUUGGGGCACUCAGGAGCAAUGAAUGUGUUUGUAGUCUGUUUUUUCCUGUUUGGAGUAUUUUCUUCUUGAAACAAUGGAUUCUGUUAAAUCUAUCACUCCUUUCUGUGACCUAUGUCUGGAAGUAAGGGAAGUAGUUGCAGAUCUCUCUCCAAGAGAAGAGAUUCUCUCUGUAUGCUGUUUGGUUCUGAUGUUGGGAAUUCCUUAUUACUUGGUGAGCUCCUAUUAUCAUUAAGCCCAGCUUCCUCCUGUUUUCUAAAGGAAUCUGACUAGAUUAAUAUCAAGCAAUAUGCCGA